AUGCCGAAGAAACAGAAGAAACAGCAGGCAAUUGAGUUGCCAACACCGACAGCAGAUGACAUCUCGUCCAUUCAUUCACGCGUUCGGAUAUUUAAGUUCUUCGAUGAACCAUUCGCCCAUCACGUUAACAAUCCCCGAGUUGAAGACUUCUGCUCUCACUGUAUGCGGGCACCGGAGCCUAAUGAGAAACUGAAGAAAUGUGCUGCUUGUCAAUUCGCCCAAUAUUGUAAGAAAGAAUGUCAAGCAGAAGCUUGGAUGAUGCACAAGCAUGAAUGUCGACGUCUGAAAAACGUAUUUCCAAACUUGCCAUUAACAGAAGUGUUGUUCUUAUCCAAAAUAAUCGAUCGAGUUGUUUUCUUGAAAGAAGUUGGAGAUAAGUUCAAUUGGGAAAGAGAUAGAAAAUACGCGGACCUGAUGGAUCACAAAGAGGAUAUUCUGGCUGACAAGGAAAAAAUGGAACAUUUUGAGAAAAUUUAUACAAAAAUGACAAAUUUCCGAAAAGAAGAGAUGGUUGACAGAGAACUCAUGUUUGAGGUAUUCUGUAAGGCAACAAUCAAUUCGCAUAGUAUACACACUAAUGCUGGUACAGAAGUUGGAAUGGCAUUAGAUUUAGGAGUUUCCAUCUACAAUCAUUCAUGUCGUCCUACAUGUUCCAUGGUGUUUGAUGGCUUCAGAAUCUGUCUUCGGCCAUUAGUCCCCGGAAUUGAUGCGUCAAAUCCUGAGCAAGCUUUCAUAUCGUACAUUGAUGUUGGUCGCAGUAAAUAUACGCGUCGGAAAGAUUUAAAGACUCGCUGGUAUUUCCAUUGUGAAUGUACAAGAUGUACAGAUCCAGAAGAUGAUACAUUGACUUCUAUCAAAUGCACAUCCAAAGAUUGUGAUGCUCCAUUGAUUACUGGAGAGGAAUCAGAGCCCAUUGCCAUAAAGUGUGGUGCAUGUGGCAAGAUAACGGAAAAGGAUUAUGUGAAAUCAGCACAAGAGUUAAUGCGAUCAUUACCAGCCAGCUUUGAUCCUGAAUGUCCCCCCGACACGAUUAAAGAUCUUCUGGCACGUGCAGAGCUUGUCUUACAUCCUAGUAAUGUCUAUGUGGCUCGUUUAAGAACAGCUCUCUUCCAUGUAACUGGUCAACUUACAUUGGCAAACCUAAACCAAAUGCAUAAACAAGUCUAUGAAAACUAUAAGCUAUGUUUCCCCAAAGCUGAUCGCCACAUGGGAUAUCAGCUCAUCCACAUUGUCAAGACUCUAAUAGAACAAGGAAAACGUCAAGAAGCGAUGCCAUAUGCUUAUGAUGCCAUGAACAUCUUCGAAGUAUGUUUCGGUCUAGAUCAUCCAUACUAUCUCCAGACACUCUGCUUAUGGACAUUCUUGGAGAAGGACAUUCCUAAAACUGAUGAAGAACUGAUCAACUUAACGCAUUUCUCUGAUAAUCGUCCAGUUGACAUUGUGCAACUGUUAGACAGAGCUAAUCUGCUUCCAAAUAUGGAGAAACUUUCAAUUGCUGGGCAAUAA